AUGGCCUCUUUCACUCUGCCCAAGUUGGCAGAAAACUCAGACCGAUGGGGACCUCCCCCUCUCGACUCGUCGUCGAGCUCCUCAUCCUCUGUCCUCCCACCGGAGUUUGCCGACAUCCCCUUUGCUCCCUUCAGCAAGAGCGACAAGAUUGGUCGAAUCGCAGACUGGAACGCCUCUUCUGCUGGAGGAGCCACAGCCAUCGGCGGCGGACGUGAUGGCGACGACCGAUCGGCUCGCAAUGCUGCCCAGGGUGCAGGAGGCCGAGGCGGCCGACGCGAGGGUCCGGCUGCUUAUGGCUCUGGCGCUUCCAACGCCUUUGCCUACUUCCACGCCGACGAUGAGGCCACUUUCUCCGUCGUCGACAACACGCGCUCUCAGAGCACGAGGGGACGCGGUGGGCUCGCAAGCAUGUCACGCGGUGGAGGUGGUGGUGGACGAGGCGGGCGAGGAGGUGGAGCAGCCGGCGGGGCAAAGGGAGCUAUGGGCGGCGCUCGUGGUGGACGUGGCGGAGCAGCAGCAGGUGGCAACCAGCGCAAUCAAGGCUUCGCUUCGCGUGGUGGUGGAGCCCGUCGUGGCGGAUACCGAGACUGGGACAAGCCGCAGCGCACCCGCGAUCCCUCGGUCACCGUGGGGCCCGACUGGGAGCAGCUCGAGGAGAUCGACUUCUCCCGCCUUGCCAAGCUGCGUCUCGAUGUCCCCGCUCCAGAGGACAUUGCCACCUACGGCACUCUCCACGAGUACGACCGAUCUUACGACCGCAUCGCCUCGGUGCGCUUCGAAAAGCCCCUUCAGCCGCAGGACCGUCUGCGCUACAACCCUACGACGUCGGACGACCCUGUUCUCGCCGAGAUUGCAGCAAAGGACGCCCAAGCCAAGAUUACUGGUGAGGAGGGCUCUGGCGCCGUUCCAGCCCGCCUCUUCAUCACCGACUCGAUCCUCGCUCUUCUCAUGUGCGCAUCGCGCACCGUCUACCCGUGGGACCUGACGGUCACAGUCACCGAGCGUGGAGACGUCUUCUUCGACAAGCGCGACGGAGGUGCCUUCGACUACGUGACUGUCAACGAGAAUGCAGCCGACCCGCCGAUGGAGGCAGACGAGAAGGCCGACAAGAACGCGGCGGCCAACAUCAAUACGCCAGGCAACUUGAGCCUCGAAGCGACGUACAUCAAUCAGAACUUCUCCUUCCAAGUCGUCAACCCUUCCAAGACGCUCGAUCUUCCCGAUGGCCCCAACCCCUUCCACGAAGGUGACAACGAGCAGCUGGCCUCAAGCGCGUACAAGUACAGGAAAUUCGACCUCAGCUCGAGCGAGGAGGACCCCAUCGACCUCUACGUCCGCACAGAGCUGGACGCGUACGUCCCUCCAGCAAGCAAGGGGCAGCAGGCGCAGUACAUCCUCGUGCGCACACUCAACGAGUGGGACUCGCGUGCCCAAGGAGCAGGCGGAGCGCCAGACUGGCGUGCCAAGCUCGAUGCGCAGCGUGGUGCCGUCGUGGCAAACGAGAUGCGCAACAAUGCUGGCCGUCUUGCAAGGUGGGCCACCCAGUCCCUCCUCGCGGGAGCGGACAACCUCAAGAUGGGGUACAUCUCCCGUGCCACUCCUCGCGACUCGUCACGUCACUCCAUUCUGGGCACGCAGUGGUGGAAGCCCUCUGACCUUGCGUCGCAGAUCAACGUCAACCUGCCCAACGGCUGGGGAGUCGUGCGCACCGUCGCUGACCUGGCACGCAAGAGUGCCUCCGCUGAUGGUGGGGAGAGGGCCAAGUUUGUGCUGGCAAAGGACCCCAACAAGCAGUGCUUGCGUCUCUACCGCGUACCGGUCAACUGGCCGCAGCAGGGUGAGGAGGAGCAGGGCGCUGUGGAUGACGAGGAAGCUGAGAGGAUCGCCGCCAAUGUUACUGGUGCGACGCCUGCUGCCGUAUAG